AAUUAGUAUGCUAGGGAUUUAAUUUCGGACUGUGAUCAAAAAUUAUUGCACAGGCAAUCAGUAAGCAUUGUUUCUGCGGUGUUCUGUAACGAAACAUCUUGAAGCGGGCAAAAGCAGAAAUCUUUUGUGGGCGCUGGAUACCAAAAUGAAAAUAUUUGCAGUCAUUGUGGUAAGUUUGUUUUCUAUAUUUUUUGAAGACCGCGUCCCUUUGCUUUUCUCAAGAAAAGCACGAUCAAAGGUUGCCAUUUGAUUUCAGUCAGAAAAAUAUUUGUUAUACCGUGACAAAUUAGUGACUUUGAAAAACUUUGUUGAGAAUGAUUAGUUUGAACCACAUGGUUCAGUCAGUGAAUUUAAAAAUAAUACAAGAACUUUAUUUUAGGCAUGAUAGAUUAAGAUCCAUGCAGUGUGGUCAUCCCUUACUGUUUAAAACUGUUCCUACAUAAGAAGUAGCACAGAAUGAAGAUUAUUUUAUCGGAUAUAUGGUGCUGUUAGGCUCCCUACAAAUCCAGUAUAUAAGAUGGUCCAAUGUUCUUGGUCCAAUGUUAUCACUGGAAAAAGCCGCACCGCCCGGAGAAAACAUGACGCAAAUUAAGUCGGCAAUGAAUCUGUUGUAAAUCUAUGCCUUAUUUUUUAAAAUUUUUUUGUGCAAAAAUUUUUAUAAAGCGUUUUCUAAAUUUUCAGGUGGUAUUCUUCUUCAUUGGAUGCAAUGGAAAAUCCAUUCAAAAAAGAGAUAUCGAUGGUAUAUAUACAUUGACUGGCGUACAUUUAUCCAGGAUCGUGACGGGGGUAAAAUGGGCACUGCAUGGGAUUUGCCUUUUUUGAACUGGAAAACUGGGAUUUACUGCACUGGGACUGCGAUUUAACCGCUGAAAAAGGAAUAAAAAGUUUUGGAAAUGGAAAUGAGAUUUCUCUUCUUGAGUGGUCUCCAACUCUAGUUUUUUGUACAACUGCUUAAAGUCCUUUAAUAAUCCUAUUUUUCAAAUAAAAAUAAUUAAAUUAUUUUUAAUUAUUAAAUAAUUAAAUAUUUCCUAAUAAUAAAAUAAUUAAAUAAUUUUUCACCUGAACACGCCUUCUUGCCGCGAGCAAGCCUAGCCAAUCCUUUCUUUUUUUAAAUCUCCAAAAUGGAUAGGAUUUCAAAUUUCGUAACUGGGAUUUGAACCGAAAUUAUUCGGGGAACUAGGACUGGAGCAAAAUACUGGCACCUGAGAUGUGGUACCCCCUUUCACGACCCCCUAUAUAACAUUCAGCUUCAGUUGCACUAAAUAUUUCCAAAUGACGCUUGACUGUAUACGUGCUUUCGUCAGUAAAAGCAGGUUAUUAUUUUUAAUCUUUUAGAUUCCGAAAUUGAGGAAGCAGUCGAAGAAUUCGAGUACGUUUUAUGUCUUCAAUUUCAAAAGAUUGAACUUUAAAUACUACAUAACUAUAAUUAAAUUUUAACAAGCCAAUGUAAACAGCAGCAUUUAAUCAUUUAAUUUAGGGAAGACAUGAUGAAAAAUUCCCGAGGAUAUUUGACAAAGGUAUAUCUUUUUCUUGUGCUAACCAUGGCAACUGGUCAUGCUAUGCUAACAAACCGGCUGCAUCUAUUAAAAUAUGUUAAAAAGACAAUGUAUUUGUAAAUGUUUAAAUAAUGCAAAUCAUGAAAAAUUUGCAUAGCAUGAUCAGUUGCUAUGGCUGUAUGACUCGCUUCGCCAAUAAUUCAUCCGAAUUUUCAUAAUUUUUCCAGCACUUGCCCAACUUUCCUGGCAAGGAUCGUCGUGGUUUUUUAAUUUUAAAUUGUUAAUUUGGUAAUCCCUUGUAAACAUUAAUAAUCUCCUCCAACAAUACCAUUCAUGCCUGCUUUGUUCUUCUGACGCACGCGUCAUAUUCUCACUUACCAACGAAAGCUUGUAUAUAUAUAAUUAAAUGCAGAUGAAUUGGUUUUGUGAUAGCAGUCACGACUGGGAACAGUUGUUGUGUGCGGUAUAGUAAUUUGAAAUCUUCCUUAGAGACAUUAUAUAAUUAGAUUACAUUUUUUUUCUGGGGAGCAUGCUCUUUGACUCCUCCCCCUAGAACUUUGUAUAGUCAAAACAGUUAAGUAUAUAUAUUCGACUGUUCUUACAGGACAUGCAGACUCUAUUGUGAAAGUAAUCCGCGUAUAUGCAAUGUUUGUAUAAACCUACUAGUAGGCUAUCACAUAUCGUGCCUUCUGAUUGGCUACGCUACUAGUAGGCUAUUAGUGAUAGCCUACUAAUAAAAAUUCAAAAUGGCGGAAAGUUCGCGUUUUGCACUUUUGCCAUUUUUUGGACGACUUGUUGAACAAUUCUGUACUAAAAAACCCCGAAAAAACCAACAGAAAUAUGGAAUGGCAAUUUGUAAGGAUAAGAAAAUAGACAAAAUUAAUAACAUACACUCAAUGAAAUUUUAAAAUUAAAACUGAAUUUUGUAAAACAUUUUACGCGAACAAAAACUAAAAUAUUUGUUUACCUUUAAUGGUUUUAUAAUGUCUUUUGUGUAUUUUUGUAUUGUGUUUGCACCCUGGUUGUAAAUUAAUGUUAAAGUUUAUACUAAAACAAUUAGACAACUUGGCCUCGUUGUCUAUGAGCAGAUAGUCAACUCGGCUUCGCCUCGUUGACUAUUCGCUCAUAGACAACCAGUGGCGUAACGCAACCGCUGGGGGCCCUCCGUCAAUCGGCCACUUUGGGCCCUUUGCUACACUAAAAAUAGGCUCCAAAAAUUUUUCUCGGAACAAUUUUUUUUUUGGCGACCUCCCCCGUCGCCAAAAAAUUUUCGGACAUUGUACCAUUUUAGAACCAAAAUUUUUUCCGGACAUACCCAAUGAAAUUGCAAUUAAUUCAUUCUAGUAUCUCGUCCUUUACCUCAGCCGCGACGUACUUAAUCCGUCGCAGCUUCGGGAAAUUUCUCGACGGAUUUUGCCUUUUCCAGACAAUGGGUUUUUUUUAUUCAAUUCAAUUCAAUUAAUUCAAUUCCUCAGAAAUGUGCUAUCAAAUUUUUUAAGGUCAUUUUUGUUGGGGGCCCCUAAAGUUCGGGGGCCCCCCGUCUCUGGACACCCUGACACCCUCCCGUUACGCCACUGUAGACAACUCGGCCUCGUUGUCUAAUUGUUAAUUAGUCAAAAUUUAGUAAAUAUGCGCAAUCAUAUACAUAUAGGCUUAAGGCUGACUUCCACUGUUGCGUAUUUCGUACGCACGUACACGCACGUAAAACUUUGAAUCCUUUUAUUUUUUAAAUAUUUUACAAAUAAGUUAAAAAAUGCAUACUAAAAUUUGCGAAACACUAAAUUGUGUUGCUUUAUUAAUUUGGUUAUUUCAUAAGUAACAUUUAAACGGAUUUAAAGUUUUACGUGCGUAUACGUACGUAUGAAAAACGCAAUAGUGGAAAUCAGCCUUAAUAGAGACCACGUAAUGACUCAACAAAACUAUACUUCACCCCGCCCAUUGAAGAAGGCGUAGCGCAGCCUCUGUUUCUUUGUUAGUAUAUAAACGAAGAAGAAAAUGUGUCCGGGUACUUGACAAUCACUCUUUUUUUUGUAGUCCCUUUCAAUUGUUGAAGAAUUUGUCUCAAGUAUAUUUGAAGG